AUGAGAGCAUUUACUAUCGUUCCCAUAUUUUUCCUUUUAGGUUCAGCCUUGUUGUUGAUUCUCACUGCCAUUAAUGGUGCAGGAACUUCAUCCAUUCUUGGUAAGUUCUACUGGUCACAAACUGAUACUUCAAAUAUACCAGGGGCCCAAUUUCAAACCACUAGAUGGACUUUCUAUCGGUCAUGUGACGUUAAAGAUGGCCACAAUUACAACUGUACUAAAUCUAAACCAGCUUAUCCAUAUUCUCCCAAGGAUAACUUUGGCUCUGAACUGGGAUUACCCAACACUUUUGUUAGUUCAAGAGAUACUUAUUACUUUUUGACUCGUAUUGGAUGGGCAUUCAUUCUUGUGGCUUUGUUUUUCACUGUUGUUGCAUUAGUUGUCGUUCCUUUGAAUUUUUGCUUUGCCAUUGGCGGAGCUUUGGCUGCCAUUUCGACAUUCCUUGCGUUUUUAUUCACCAUUACUGCCGCUUGUUUAAUCACUGCUGCUCACGUCAAGGGAAGAAAUGCAUUUAAUAACGCUGGUCACAAGUCGCGUUUGGGAGCCAAGGCAUUUGGUAUCUUGUGGGCCGCUGUUGCUUGUUUAUUGAUUACUUUUAUCACUUCAAUUUUGUCCGCUCUUGGCACGAGAAGAAGCAAUAGAAGAAGAUCAGGUUCAGGAGUCGAGGCAGGAGGUGCAGGAGGUGCUUAUGGUGCCAGAGACUCGAAUGUAUAUGCCAAGGAAAGUGAUGGCGAUUAUGCACAAGCCAAUUAUGAUGAAUCGGCCAAUAGAGGCGUUUCUGGUGUUGGUGUCACUCCAGGUGUAGCAGGACCCGGUGUGCAUGAUGAACCUAUUUCGGAUGCUUCUAAAUUUAGAUUCUUCAGAGUCAAGAGAGCUAAACCUGAAGAGAUUUAG